UUACAGGAAUACCAAAUGACGCACAAUAUGAGUGAAGACGAAGCGGUGAAACUGGAGGACAUCCCCAAAGCCUUCAUACAGGAGGCUCUGUACGAUAAUUACCGCCCAGUACAGCCGCUCAACACCAGGAAGGUGUACUCCUCAUUCAAGAUAGAGCCCAAAAAAGGUCCCUCAAAAAAGAUUCACUGGGGAUACACUGGGAAGAAAGGUCCCUCUAACUGGCAUAUUUUGUUUGAUAACUCCUGUCUGGGGUCCCAACAGUCCCCUAUAAACAUUGAGAGGGAGAAGACCAUCUUCAACCCGGACAUCAAUAACUUCAUCUUCUGGUAUGACCCACCUGCUCCUGGAGCUGAGUUCUACGUUCUUAAUAACGGACAUACAGUACAAGUCAACACUAUUGGGCCAUACUAUGUAGCUAAUGGUGGAUUGUCCUCGGUGUACAGUACUGCCCAGUUCCACUUCCACUGGGGAUCAGAUGAUGGCUUUGGAUCUGAACAUCAGAUAGAUGGACAUUCCUUCCCACUUGAACUCCACAUAGUAAACUAUGACUCAGUGACCUAUUCAUCAAUUGGUCAAGCCAUGACAGAAGCUGGAGGCCUUGCUGUACUAGGAGUACUCUUCAGGAUAGGAGAGAAAGAUAACGAAGCCUUAGAACCAAUCAUACAAGCAAUGAAGGUGAUCCGAGAUCCAGAGGACCAUGCAAAGGUCAAGGUUGAAGCUCAGGCAAUCAAGAAUUUUCUUCCUGAGGACACUUCUAAGUUCUAUAGGUACAAUGGCUCCUUGACCACCCCCGGAUGUUUUGAGAGUGUCAUCUGGACAGUAUUUGAGGACAAACUCACCCUCUCAGCUAGACAGAUGGCAGAAUUCCGUCAACUUUUCCAACAUCGAAAGAUGAAAGGAGAAAAGAAGAAGCGAGAUGUUUCUGGUACAGACAGACAGGCAGCCAAGAACAUUAUGGCUGAGGCUGGCAUCAUUGGAGAUGUUAAGGAAGAACUCAAAAUGAUUGAAGCUCUUCAGAAAAAGAAGCAAAUCCACAUCCCCAAAAUGAUGCAAGACGAAGGGUACAAGACCCAGAAUGAGACACAAAGUAAGCCAGCUGAAAAUGUUGAAGAAAUCACGAUAGAAAUUAUACAGGAACAACUUGUGGACAAUUACCGUCCAGUCCAACCAGUGAACAACAGGCUUGUGUAUCGUACAUUUUCAUUCGAGCCCCGACGAGAAAUCCGCUACGUCGUACGAUCUGAGUCACAGGGAAACUUUGCUGCAUCCUCUGUGCCAUCCUUCAUUGUCAUUUUAACAUGCUUUUUACUUUCUGUGUUUUCAUUACGUAGAUAGAAACUUUAAGACAAUUGUUUAAUUAUGAUAAUAAGGAUAAAAAGAAUCUUAAGUUGAGAGACUGUAAAUAGAGAAUGUUUUUACUUUUAAUUUGGUUUAUACUUUUAUUUUUUGUCUUGCGUUUUAGCUUUAAAAAAUUCAAAAAAUCCCAUGCAAAAUUUUUCAUGCUAGUUUGAUUUUUUUAAAAAUUUAAUUUGAUAUCAACAGAAUUGUUUCUUUUUAAGACAUCGUUUUUCCAAUUAUUACAAUAACUAAGUAAAUUUAUAAAGUCAACACCCUAGUCAUGUUGUCAUCAAUUAAGCAGCUACAUUAGCUUCAUUUUGUAGAAAAUUUUGUGUGUAGAUAGACAAUUUUAUGUUUCUGUCAGGUUUUACAUAUAGAAUAUCAUCAUUCUCUUCAAUUAUGAGGUAAAUUCAUAUAAGAUAUUCAGUUCUGUUAAGCCAUGAGGAAGAGACAAUUUUCUGUGGGGAGCAUGCAAUGUACCUGGUCUGAAAACAGGAUAUUGGAUGGCAAAUGGAGCCAUAUAUAAUUCUAAUCUAGCGUUAAAUCUAGUAUGUUAUUGACAUGCACCAUGUAAACCAAUGGCCAUGCUUUUAUGCCUUUAAUAAGUACCUCAUUAACUUAUACAGAGAAGUAAUUAAGUUAAGAUGAGUUGAAUGAUCUUAGCUGACCAAUGAUCGCCAUUUGUACACUGGACGUUGACUUGAACAUAAUUUAUGUAUAUAUAUGGGAUUGCUUCCUUGCAAACAUUGGCCGUAGAAAAGAUGGGUUAAUUGCCUGUUUUACUUGCCUUCCAUUUUAAAUAGGUAGAGAAAAUGAGAUAAGCCAAAGGCAUGAUUUUCAAUUAAAAGUUUGAAUUUUUUGUGGAAUAGAAUGUUUGUGCAAUGUGUGUGUGUUUUUAUUAUUUUUUUAAUGUACCAAGCAAGAAGAUCUCUAUUUGCAUGCUUCAUGUUGGAAGAAAUGUUUUUGCACAAUUUUGUAUGAUAAUAUGUAGAAAUGUUUUCACCAUCCUAGUCUUGUUUUCUUUCUUGUUCAAUAAAAUAUUCAGGAAUAU